GGAAAUCGAAAUUGCCAUGCGUAUUGAUAAAUACUACGACUACGUAGACGUGGGCGAGGAGGCGGGCCUUGUAAAGCAAGACUUGAAUUAUAUAUAGAUACCACUAAAUCUAAAGUUUCAGUGUGAUUUUUGGUUCUUAAUCUUAGUCUUCGAUUGUAUGAGGUCUUACCCCUAAGACCAGGCCAUUCGCUUUCCCCUUUGGGCCAUCUUUGUGUCCCCUUUUUCCAGUGGUGAUGUGAAUCUAUUUGGCAUCAAAGUCAUCUUUUUCUGGUAUUUGUUUUCUUGAAGAGAUUGUGCGGAAUGAGCUGUUGUUGUGGAGGAAGCAGCGCGAGUAACGCUCCCCCAGAGAAUACAGAGCCGCCGACAAUAAGUGUUACUCCACCACGCCGCAACAGUCGCGACGGCGCCACUGCUGGAAUAAAUGUACCAAUACCUUCGAUAUUGAUCUAUGUAGGUGUAACAAGCAGUUUGAAGGCAAUAUAACGAGCACGACGACCAUAGCUUACACAGUCCGUUUUUGAUUAUGAUUACUUGAAGUUGCAAACAUCUUUCUAUUUGUCGUAUUACAGUUCGUUGGUCAUAAGUCACUUAGUUACUGAGGUUUGACCAUCAGGAUCAGAUAUCGUCCAUGGAGCUAGACUUUCAUGACCUGCCUCUCUUGUCACGCUCACCAUGUUGUAGUUCUCUCACCCGUCGUACAAGGAUGCCAGCGGUGGGAGCGGCAGAGCCGAAAGCGAAAAUGAGACGUUCUACUCUGCUGGUUCCGACGGCAAGGAUUCGCCCAAUCGGCGGCGGAAGAGCCUCAUGGCCGCGGCGACGAAUUACUUGGCCAGGAGAUUGAGCAAUUUUAGGGACCGGAAAGUAGAGGAAGAUUUUGGCAUGGGACCUGAUCCGAAAAGGAAAAAACGAAGAGGUCGCCAGAAGGUUUUCCGGACCGCUCUGAACACCGUUUUGGGUCGGGGUAAAUUCAUGCGGAAAAAAAUGUCGAAAGAAGACCUUGACGAACGCGAUCGGAACUGGCACAUAAUGCAGGUACCCUUCUGCUAAUCUUUGUGUUCUUUCUGAACAUCAACAUAGAUCAUCGACUUCCUUGUUAGAAGAAAGCCACGGUUUUGGCAAAAGCGAGAAGCAGGGGGUAAUAGCGCGAAAAAGCUAUCAUCAUGUUAAUGUUUUGCGCAAUUUCUAAGGAAAAACGAUUAGCGGAUGGGAACCCGAACAAGUUGACGGAUUAUGUUUGGCUACAAUCAUUGCUGAACGCGCUGUCAGCGGAUCCGCUUGGUGUGGACGCGGAUGAAUUGACGAAAGGAUGUGCGGCAGGACAGUUUCCGCUCUUUGUUUUCGCCGGCGCCUGCCCAAGUUCAAUAACGCGAUCCAUGCAAGCCAUACUUUUUGUCUACAAAAUGCCAAGUACAUCGGGCGGCAUGCUCCCACGGAUAAGCAAGAAACGGAAAAGCGCAACGCAGUCUGGUAAUCGACCACUUGUUUGUAGUUGGCAUGCAAUAGGAAUCUUUUUCACAGAAUCUUGUGUCAAUAUCUAAAAAAGGCAGCUUGUCGUCGUCAGUAGAUAAAGAUAAUCUUUUCAUCCUUGUACCAGGGUCGAUCGACUUCUGGUGGAUAAAGCCAAAGUAUGAUGGUGGGAAGUCUGGCAAAAUUUACUGCGACAUGGAUCUUGAAUUCAUGCAGAAGCACACAUCAGGGAAAGCCAAAAACGCUUGCGGCGGUCAGGUGAAGGGUGGAUACGAGCAGAUAGCGGACUACUUCCUGAAAAACAAGGUAUCUGGUGACGGGCAGUUCCGGUUCGGAAUAGAAAUGGUGUAUCGCAAAGACGGGUCAGUAAUCCCGCGAGCAUAUGUCGAGUUAAGAGUUGUUCUUGUACCAAAGAGACCGAUAGGAAAAAUGCACUUAUCAGGUGCUAGAUACAGCCAUCUGCUGGGUUGGAAUUGUAGUUCUGCUACUACCCAUGACAUUGACAAAGAUGCCCCGUGACAGAAAUGGAUAAAUAAUUUAUUGAAAGCCUGCUGAGAUUAAGAUGCAAUGAUCAUAUUAAAACUGCUUACACAUUUCUUGCCAAUUUGGCGGCUCCAAUGAAAAAAGUAAAACCUACAUUCGUGUCGGAGGCGCUUGGUGCGAUUGAUGAAGAGGAUGACGAAAAUCGAGGCGAUGAUGCUGGGCGGCUUUCUUCUAGCAAGGAAUCUGGUGCUGCUAGGGCAACAACCGCCACGAUGACAGAUCAAGGUCGCGACUCCGAAGUCGAGCGGGUGCAUGGCUUUUCCGUCGCCUCAGAGUGGAAUCCCCAGACGUUGGAUGCUGAGUCGCCAAAACUUCAGGUAUUGUCACCGCUUGCUGUCCGCAUUGCGCUGGAUGACGGCAAUGCCCCUGGCUUGCGAACGCCGGAGUACAGUGCAGCCUCUGCUUUCAGUGCGCGCAGUGCGCUGUCCGCGCGACCUGGGCAACCCGUGUUAGCAACAGGGACACCCGCUACGCCAGGAAGUGCACUGGUACCGAGAAAAGACAUAGUGGUGGGUGUUCACACCGCGGCUGUGCCGGACAAUCUUACGCCGCAGAAGGCGUCCUCGCAGGCGAGCGAUGCAUCGCCCAGUUCCAGUCAAUCAGCAUCAACCGCGUCGCCGCCCCGGACUCCGGGGGGGCGCGCUUCCGCAUCGCGGCCCUCUGCAGGAAUGGACAGCUCUGGAACCACGAUGGACUUUUCGCGUGGUUACAUUUCACUCAUCUGGCAAGAAAGUAAGUUAUAGUUUUUACUUUCAUAAAGAUUUGAUUUUAGAUUCAAACUCUUUCUAUUUUGAGAGAUGAGGUCUUACGUUUAAGAGACAACCGCCAUAGAGGAUGAUAAGUAAGAAUUUAGAUGCAUUGAGUCAAGCAUCAAAUCGGCUUGAUCAGGAUGCUUUGAUAAUGUUAUAUAUGAUUUAGGGCUGGACGGUACCCCCCCUGUGGUCUUGUCUGUGUUGGCGCGCGCGCGCGCUUUUCCGCGCGGAAUCUAGUGGGGAAGGCGUCCAAAAUUGGCGCGGGCCUCCCCUUGGGCCUCUCAGCGAGGGCGGCCACGGUCGCAAGAGCAAGCAAGCCAAUGACCAAGGGCCCGGAGGGAACAAGCUGCACGGCUCAGGGGGUCCAGCCCCGCGGCUUUUGCCGCAUUCCGAGGCCUUCCGCCUACUUACGUCGGAGGCCUCUAGGGGAGAGCCAAGCGCCUGGAAGGGAGCGAAGGGAGCCACUUGACCCCCUUUUGAGGCCUUCCACCCCCGGCAGACGCCUCCAAAAGGGGCCCGGGGCUGCCGGUGGCCCCUCCUGCGCUAGGGGGGGGGCGCCGGCAGCCCCAAGCCCUGGAUCAUAUAUCUUUAAUGAAUUCAGUACUGCGACCAUGAGUGCUCAACUAAGUACAUACCCUUUGUCACAAUCAUCUCAGAUUGGGCAGCGUUUAUGGGCCGCUUUAUAGAAGGGAGAAUGGUUUAUCGUUUGCGCGAGUAUUCCGAAGGCCCCAAUCUUCGGUCUCGCGAGUAUCAUAUCAAGGGCUCGGAUCCCAUCCGUCUACGGUCCGAUUUCGAGUCCGUUCCGUUCGAGGAUCUGUGGGACGAAGGUGGCGCCAACAUCAAGAUGAUGUGCCAAGGUGAUGCCUGGAAAAAUGUGCCUUUGGUCUCUGCCGCGAAAUGAAACUCAUCGAUAUCUAAGAAAUGAACCACCGAGCAGUGAGUAGAAAAAUGAAAUUGGAGGCAUGGUUGUGGGAGUUCCGCUUUGUCCCUUGCAAGUCUUGGACCAAUCCUGGUCCUGCUCUGACGCGAAAAUUCCGAUAAGUACCUCUGCAUUAUCCUACGCAAGGUUUUUCUAUCAUUUGUUCUAGUUGUAGUUCUAGGAAGAAGAUGAAGCCACAAGAAAACUGCAGCGUCUCGCGCUUGUCCUAUGCCAGUUGUCGUGGACUUUGCACUUCACUUCGGAGACAAAGGAGAGAGACAAGUCGUCACAACACUUGUUGACCAGGCAAAAGUUGGAUUUCCGAGAAGCCUGAUUAGUGUUUUCCAUAUUUUUCACAAACACGUUCAUUUGUCAUAUUUGCCGCCUACUUCUCGGCCCUUUACGAGUGAGUCGUUACAACGGCUCGCAAGGAGGUAGCUAUUUCUUUUACUUGAAAUUUUUUUGUAACUACCAGCACAAUGUAGUUUUUUCCAAUUAUCUAUCUUCCGACAAUAGUUGUAUCUGAUUCCUAUACUUGGAAGAGCAGUCAUUUCAAGCUGGGCGACCCGUUAUUCAGCUCAAUAGUUUGGCAUUGUUGAGUGCUCGAUUUGUACGCUCAUGCAACGAACAAGCAAGCUCCUGAACCGGAAGUCGUGGUUUUUGACUUUAAGCACGCCACGUCAGAGUUGGUCGAGCAUGAAAGAAAAAAACCGAAUGUGCAAUAGGACUUUCUCCCCGAAGGUGAU